AUGGUAGCCCCCUCGUCAUCAUCCUCCUCUUUCCCUGAGCUCAAGCGAAACUCCUCCCCAUCGAAUGCUCCCGACAUCCCACGCAUCUCCUCUCCCGAUUUGGCAGCUCUUGGCAGCUACCGUGGUGGACCCUCUCCAGCCCUCUCGGUAGGAAGCGCAGCAGGCAGUCUCCGCCAGAGCAAGCGUGAUCUGAUUCGAUCCAAGAAUCCUCCGCCUCAUCAUGUCUCCAAGCUAGAGAAUGUUAUUGGAGCAUCGCAUAGUGGUAAAGCCAAGGUCAAGCAGACAAAGGAGGCAACGGAGGAGCACACGGGAGGAGCGAUUACCACCGAUGUGGGCAUCUUGGGAGACGAUGUGUACGACGAGUACCUCUCCCCAGCAGUGGCAUACCUACGGCGAUGGCUCGUCUGGAGCUUGAGAAAGGAGACGAAGUUCCUCGCUUGGCAUCAGCCGAAAGUGCGGACCCCCUUCUUAGACCGGUACUUUGUGUACACCUCCCUCUUCGGCACCCACUCCUUCUUCCUCAUCUUUCUGCCCACGGCCUUCUGGAUCGGCAACCGAUACUUUGGUAGGGGACUGGUGAAUACGCUGGCUUUCGGAGUCUACUUGUCAUCGGCGAUCAAAGAUCUCUUCUGUGUUCCCCGACCAUACUCACCGCCUGUCACAAGGUUGACAGUAGGCACUACGCACCUGGAAUUCGGCUUUCCCUCGACUCACUCGACAAAUAGUGUGGGUACAGCUCUGUACAUCUACCUCUGGGUCCUCUCCCUUCGCGAGCGACCAGACGUUGUCUCGCAGUCUGUGGCCACUGCUCUCAGCAGUAGACUAUGGGAGGUCGGGCUGGGCUUCUACGUAUUUAGUGUAGUGUACGGCCGCAUCUACGCCGGCAUGCACAGCAUGAUGGACUGCUUUGCUGGCUCGACACUGGGAGCCGGCAUCACACUGGUGCAAUGGUUCGGUGCGGAUUACAUCGAGCGCUUUCUCGAAAUCGAGGGCUGGACCGUGCCCCUCGUCCUCAUUCCUUCCUGCUUGUUCAUGGUGUAUGUGCACCCUGAGCCACUAGAUGACUGUCCCUGCUUCGAAGACGCCAUUGCCUUCAUCUCGGUUGUGCUUGGCGUGUCCCUGGGCCGCUGGGCUUCGCUGCGAUGGACCAUGUUCGGGAAGCUCGUCGAAGAUCCCUUUGCUCCGGGACGGGCUGCAGCAAAUGCAACGUUGCAGUCAUCAACUACAGCUUUGGACAAGUCGACAAGUGCGGGUCGUUCGCUACUGGUGUUGGUCCUAGGUAUCGCCUGCAUCUUCUGCGUUCGCGUGGUCAUCAAGACGGCAUGCAAGCUUGUCCUGCCAUCGAUGUUCCGCUUCGUCGAUCGCUCCUUUGGUCUCGUCCUACCACGUCGCCACUACGUCCCCUCGAGCGAAUACACCGACGUUCCAAUGAACAACAUUAUCCGCUCGCCAUCCUUUAUAGACAUCCCAAACUCCUUCACCCCGACAGUCACGCCUGCUGCCAAUCCUGGACAGGAAGCCAGCACCUCGACUGGGAUCCUUGCCAGAUUGGCAGCACUGCAAGACCAAGGACGUUCGCGGCCCGACUCUCCCGUGAGCGUGUUCAGCGAUGACGACCUCUCGAGGCCGGGCAGUCCAGACAAUCACAACCUCUCUCUUCCAGCGGGCGGCUCUUCGACAGGAGUCAAGCAAGGUCUCUCCCAACCUCAACAGCGUUCGGCCAUCUCGCCUCCCUCGAGGUCCGGUGCUACUUCGCCCUACCUGCAGCAGUUUGGUCCUCCGCCCAGGUCCACCCUGUCUGUACCGAUCACCCAUCCCGUUGGUCAAGGAGGAGCAGAAUUGCCUUCAGACAAGGUGGCCAAUGCCAUUGCGGGUAAUCUGAGCGAAGAUGAGAGGAAGCGACAGCUGGCGCAGGAGCAGGGGCUAGUCACCCACUACGACAUUGAUGUCUUGACAAAAGUCUUGGUGUACAGCAACAUUGGCUUCUUUGCAGCGAGCAUCAUCCCUGCCUUUUUCGAGCAGAAGCCUGCGAGGUACGGUAUGGCGAGCCGCUAG